AUGGUUAUAUAUCAGGACCCAAUAGCAUCUUUAACAUUGUUCUGUGUGGACUACGUGCAUGGCUACGAUGUUCGGAGCAGUUCUGCUGGAGCUGCCGUUGCCGUUGAUGUUGAAGCUUAUGUCUUCUCAAUGGGAUCAUUCGACGAGCAGAAAAUGGAAUUUUCAAUGGACAUGUUCUUCAGACAACGCUGGACCGAACGUCGGCUUUGUUACCAGGCCCGACCUGGAAAAGGGCCCAAUCAGAGACUUGUCAUUAAUCCUGUUUUAGUCAGCAACGUUUGGAGACCUGACAUCUUCUUUAAGAACAGUAAAAUAGCUCGAUUUCAUGAUGUACCGAAUUCAAAUGUUAUGUAUGCGAUUUCUCCAAACGGUGAUGUUCUUCUUAGUGUAAGGAUAACUACGACGCUUGGAUGCCAGAUGGAUUUUCGUCGCUUCCCUUUCGACGUACAGCACUGUGAUUUUCAAAUAGGCAGCUAUGGAAAUACUGAGGAUGAUGUUAUAAUCAGGUGGAGAGGAGAAAAAGGCGUGAUCAUUGCAGACUCAGUUGAAGUACUACAAUACACGAUCUCUAACAUUACCACCAGUAAUGCAAAAGUAGUCUACAACACAGGGACAUUUUCGGAGCCCAAAACGGUGUUCGUCUUUUCUCGUCGUUUGAUGUACUACAUGUUUGGAUAUUACGUCCCAGCAGUCCUUAUCUGUGUCCUCAGUUGGAUCUCUCUCUGGAUUGAUCCCCGCUCCGUCCCUGCUCGAGUAUCAUUGGGGAUUAUUACGAUUCUUGCCAUGGGCAGCUUUCUGCACGGUAGCAGUGGACCGAAGGUGUCUUACGCCACUGCUCUGGAUAUCUACAUCAUUACUUGUUACGUGUUCGUGUUCGCUAGUCUGUUGGAAUAUGCCAUGGUGCAUUAUGGGUUGACGUGUUGUGAGAAAUUAGGAAUUGUGGAGAAAAACACUGUCUUUACCAACACCGAAGUAGACCAGAACGGCAACGUACGUGACGAGAAUUCUACAAGCAUUUCUAUGGCAACCAUAGGUUCAAAUACAGGGCCUUCCUUAAAUAAACGAUUUCAGCAAUGCAAACUGAGUUACUUCAAGUUCAACGCUUUCUCCUUAGAAAAAUAUGCAAGGAUUGGGUUGCCUGUGGCUUUUGUACUUUUUAAUUUUGGCUACUGGUUGUACUACUAUGCGUAGUAACUUCCUAUAGGAUUUGUAUAUCUAUCGAUACAGAAUACUCAGGACUACAGAAGAUCAAGACUGGGUAUCCUGUGGAAGCAAAUCAGAGGAGGACUGAAAUUUCAUUGGUAUACCAUUCCUUCUCUCAAGGAAGAGUGGGUUGCCUGUGGUUGUUGCUCAGUUUUAAUAAAGAUCUUAGAGAAAUAUAGACUGGGACUCCUGUGGGCAGAGAAAAGAGGAAGACGAUGUUAUGAUGGAUCACAAGGUAUCUAUUUAAGGAUAAUGGACAUAAAAUAAAAUGAGACGAGAGAGAAGGCAAAGGGCAUGUCAAUCAAUCGAGCAAACUUUGCUCUCCACAGUCUAGAAUAGACAACGAUUGCUCCAGUACAACACAGAAUCCAUCGCAAAUCGUGUUACUACUAAUACCCUACAGUAUUACACAGUAUUACAGUAUUAAUAUUUAUAAAAUGACUGUUAUGAAUGUCGCGUUCUGAUUGGUUUGGAGCGCGUGCUUUAAGAGAGCACAU